CCAUCACGUGCUCGGGUCAGCUGAUCGCUUCACAUCCGCCUGACUGGGGAAUGUGUUUACAUUCGCGUUCUGAGCUGCAGCCACCGAAGCGCCUGAUCUUUGCAGAAUCUGAGCAUUGCAAGACGACCUCUUGUGGGAGGAAACGGCUGUCCCCAGAAGAGAUCCACUGUCCCAGAAGAGAUCACCUGUCCCCAGGAGAGAUCCACUGUCCCAGAAGAGAUCACCUGUCCCCAGGAGAGAUCCACUGUCCCCAGAAGAGAUCCACUCUCUCCACUGUCCCCAGGAGAGAUCCACUGUCCCCAGGAGAGAUCACCUGUCCCCAGAAGCACUCAGAUUUGAUCCCUGUGUGCUGAGCUGCUGUCAGAGGCUGCUCAAUGACGAGAGGAGCAUCGGCAGGUUGGCAGUUGCAGUAGCUUUUUGACAUGCAGCACCCCAACUUUGAGACGAGGCACCCCCUCCAGGCAGAGGAUCAUGAGACGGGCGUCGACCCCCUGCAGAACUUCAACAGGACCCGGCCGAGGGGGUCAUUGGAAAGCAGUGGAAGUGUGCCGUUCACGCCGUCCGAGAGCACCUUUCUCUCCUACAGGAAAGAGUGGGAUGAGCUGUUUUUGGACAGUAAUUACCUGGCGCGGAUCCGGCCGGCGGGAACCAACGGCCGCCUGCGCAGCAGCCGAUACCAGAGCGUGUGCUGGAAGCUGUAUCUGGACAUUCUCCCAGAGGAUAAGAAUCAGUGGAUCAAUAAGACCAAGGAGCUCCGAGCUCAGUAUGAGAGGAUCAAAGAAACGCACAUAACUAACCCCCGAAAAGCUGCAGGGCACCAGGACCUGAUGGUCAACAACCCUCUGUCCCAGGAUGAGGGGAGUUUGUGGAAUAAGUUUUUCCAGGACAAAGAGCUGCGUGGGAUGAUCCGGCAGGACGUCCUGAGAACGUUCCCGGAGAUGCAGUACUUCCAGCAGGAGGACGUCAGGGCGAAAUUGACGGACAUCCUGUUCUGCUACGCCCGAGAGAACGAACAGCUCCUGUACAAGCAGGGGAUGCACGAGCUGCUGGCUCCCAUCGUGUUCGUGCUGCACUGCGACCAUCAGGCCUUUCAGCACGCCAGUGAGACCGCCAGCCCCAGUGAGGAGAUGAAGUCGCUCUUAAACCCAGAGUUCCACGAACACGACGCCUAUGCCAUGUUCUCCCAGCUGAUGGAGACAGCAGAACCCUGGUUCUCCAGUUUUGAGCGUGAGGUCCGUAAGGGUAAGGAGGAGAUGAUGACCAGCAUCCCCUUCGCCCGGCCGCAGGAUGCGGGCCCCUCCGUUGCCAUAGUGACCAAGGUGAACCGCAUCCAGGACCAGCUGGUGAAGAGGCACGACAUCGAGCUGCACAUGCACCUGAACCGGCUGGAGAUCGCCCCGCAGAUAUACGGCAUCCGGUGGGUGCGGCUGCUCUUUGGGAGGGAGUUCCCUCUGCAGGACCUGCUGGUGGUGUGGGACGCCCUCUUCGCUGACAGCCUCACUCUGGACCUGGUGGACUACGUGUUCGUCGCCAUGCUCCUCUACAUCCGAGACGCCUUGAUCGCCAGCAACUUUCAGACCUGCCUGGGCCUGCUGAUGCACUAUCCUCCCAUCGGAGACGUGCACUCACUGCUGCAGAAAGCCCUGUUCCUGAGGGACCCCAAGAACAACCCCAGACCCGUCAACUACCAGUUCCAGCAGAACCUAGAGUACUACAAGACCCGCGGAGCCGACCACAUGAGCAAGACCAGAGCGAACAGCAGCCCCCCCCGCUCAACAUCAACCGCGUGUCCAGCAGUCUGCUCAGCUUCGGCCGGAAACUCAUCGCCCCACCAUCCCGGCUCCGCCCAGUGCCAUCGCUCCAAUCAACAGCCAGGUGGUGUCGCCCGCCCCCUAUGGCCCGCCCCCUGGUCCCUGAGGCCACGCCCAGCCCCGCCCCCCUCACAGCCCAGCGCUGCCUCCCGCAUGAUGAAGUCUGAGAGCAUGCCUGUGCACCUGACUGCAGACGUAGGUUCAGCUGGAGGCUUGCAGGUCUCUCAUCCUGCCCCAUCCCGUGCUGACAUCCAAGGCCCCCGGUCCCGAGCAGCCAGCUCGUCCACCAGCACAGAGAGCCUGCCGGGGGGGCGGGACCUGCCCUCCUCCCCCCCCCUCUGCGCCUCCAGGAAGGACUCCUUCUUCAACAUCCCUCGCUCACACAGCAAGGGCCUGGGCAGGAGGGAGGCUGAGGAAGAGCUGGAGGCUCAGGUGUCCUUCCUGCAGGGACAGCUGAAUGACCUGGAGGCCAUGUGCAAGUUCUGCGCCAAGAUGAUGAAUGUGCACAUCGGGAAGAUCCAGGAAGUGAUCCUGCAGGAGAACCUGGAUAAGGAGGACGAGGUGCUGGUGUCUCUGGCAGGACUCAAACAGAUUAAAGACAUCCUGAAGGGCUCCCUGCGCUUCAACCAGAGCCAGCUGGAGGCCGAGGAGAACGAGGAGAUCACCAUCGCCGACGACCACUACUGCUCGACCGCCCAGCAGGGCCUCGAACGCAACGGGCUCCAAGACGAGGCUGAGACAGACUGCCUGCAGCCCCUGCCCGACCCCCAGAUAGCCCUGCCUGACCCCCAGGUAGCCCUGCCUGACCCCCAGGUGCUGGGUGCGCUGGGCUCAGAAGGGCGGAGUUGGGAUGACUACAUCCUCGUCUCCCAGGACGACGACACCCCGCCCCAGCGGGAGGAGAACAGGGCGGGGCCACCGCAGGGGGGAGGGGCAGGGCGGGGCCGUGGGGCGGAGCAGGAGGGGCUGUUCCAGGACCCCCUGACAGGGGGCGUGGCCUCUGAGUCAGGGGGCGGGGCUCGGGGCUCCAGCCCAGAAGACGAUGGCAAGGACUCAGACUUCACUAUGGUCACGCCGGCUGACCUGUGAGCGCCCCCUGGUGGCCCCGUCCAGCAGCGCUGCUGUUUGCACAGAGUACUGAGAGGGACUCCGACUCCCAGCAUCCCCCUGGGCCUCUCCUCCCAACCAAUCACAGCCCUCCCCCAGUGCCACAUUAGCAUGCUGUGUCUGGCUCUCUGGCUGGGGGCGUGGCCUGAGGCUAAGUCCCGCCUCCAUAUUGCCUUAACCCUGCCCCCCCCCCACAGCCCCUAUUGGCCAUGAGUGCCUGGAGAAGUUCUUCACCCAGACUAAUCUCAGUUUUCAUCAAAUCCCUCAAAUCCCUUCUUCAUCUUCUCUUUCUUUUUAGAGAUUUUAAAACUGUUUAUGAUGGAACUGAACUGUUCGAAAGUGAAGAAAAACUAAAAAGAUCAAUUAAAUUAUGAAUCGUAAUAACUGUUUCUUUUUAAAUGAUUGCGAACAUUUCCUUUUUUUUUUUUUUUUUUACCAAACAUUUCAUUUACAAGACUGUCCUGUUUUUUUGGGGGGUUUUUUAAGUUGAAGUUUUUUUAAGGUCCAUUUCGUUUUCUGCAGUCGGUUCCAGUGGAAUGGUGACCAUGGUAACCACAUGUAUAGGUUGCAUGUAGAAAAGAAAAUGAGCCAUGUAGAAUAAAGACAGUGUAACUAAC